AAGAGAGUGAGAGCUUCCUCCAGUAUGUGAUCGCUGGUCUGCUGCAUUACUCUACAAUGCAAUAUCUGUGUAGUCCUCCACUCCCUCUCUCUCCUCUCUGUGUCUCUCUUUGAAGCGGUAAUCUCCAGUCGCCUCACAGCUUUCUGCCCUGCCACAGCGCAUCUCUCCCCUCAGCUCUGCUCUCUCCCCAGUGAGGAUGACAUCCCCGAAUUUGAUGAACCAGCGAAGCUCUCAUUCCGGCUGGUGGCUUCUGAGGGAGACCCCACAUGAACGGGCUUACUGGACGAGAAGGUGCUGCAUCUAAAGGGGCUUCAUCCAAAAAAAAAAAAAAAAAUCUGUCAGCUUUAGCAGUCUCCGAAUAAGAGGCCACCUCAAUCAACACUGUACAUAACACCGCCUCCUUCAGAACAGCUCUGUUACUUUACAAAGACAAAACAGCCAGAGUUGCCGGACACAUGUCACAGGUAGAGCAGGAGAUCUCACUUGUCCAGAGAAAGAUGUCUGACCUGGAGUCAGUGCUGCAGCAGAAGGAUAUAGAGCUGAAGGCCUCAGAGACCCAGAGGACCAUCCUGGAACAGGACUUGGCAACUUAUAUCACGGAAUGCAGUAGUCUCAAGCGCAGUUUGGAACAGGCUCGAAUGGAAGUGUCUCAGGAGGAUGAUAAAGCACUGCAGCUCCUUCAUGACAUCCGGGAGCAGAGCAACAAGCUUCAAGAAAUUAAAGAGCAGGAGUAUCAUGCCCAGUUGGAGGAAAUGCGAGUUUCCAUCAGACAGUUGGAGGAGGACCUGUCUGCUGCUCGACGUCGCAGCGACCUCUACGAAGCCGAGCUCAAAGAGUCUCGACAGAACAGCGAGGAGCUGAAGAGGAAAGCUGCAGACUACCAGCACAGGAUGCAGAAGGUCUUCACAGCCAAAGAGCAAGGCAAAGCCGAAACAGAGGAACUGAUCGCCAAGUUGGAGAAGACCAAUGCUGAACAGCAGACAAAGAUUCAGGAUCUUCAGGAGAAGCUAACCAAGGCCUUAAAAGCCAGUGCUGAAGCUACAGACCUCCUUCAGACCAUGAGGAUGUCCAAAGAACGUAUAGAACGAGACCUGGAGAGACUACAGAACAAGGAGGAUUCCAGUGACAGCCUGCGUAGACGCCUCCGUGAGACAGAGGAUGGCAGGAAAACUUUGGAGAACCAGGUGAAAAGGCUGGAGAUUGUCGAGCGCCGGGAGACUAAACUCAAGGAGGAGAUUCAAAGCAAAGCCCAGCAGAUUCAGCAGAUGGCAGAUAAGAUUCUGGAGUUGGAGGAGAGUCUACGAGAGACCCAAGGCACGGCCCAGAGACUGGAGGCUCAUCUGAAGCAGAAGGAGAAACUCUAUGAAGACAAAAUAAAGGUGUUGGAGGCCCAGAUGAAGGCGGACAUGGCUGACAAGGAGAUGUUGGAGUCCAGUCAGAGCAAAUAUGAGGAGGAGGUGCGGGAGAAGUGCAGCAUCAUCAGCGAACAGAAGGCGACCAUAAAUGCGAUGGACUCUAAGAUGAACAGCCUGGAGCAGAGAAUCACUGAGCUGUCAGAGGCCAACAAACUGGCAGCCAACAGCAGUAUAUAUACCCAGAAAAAUAUGCUUGGCAGGAAAGCCCAGGAGGAGAUGAUCUCAGAGCUUCGCCAGCAGAAGUUCUACUUGGAGUCUCAGGCUGGGAAGCUGGAGGCCCAAAAUGCUAAACUGGAGGAGCAUCUUGAGAAAAUGAGUCAGCAAGAGCAAAGCAAUAAAAGCCGUGUGAUGGAGCUGGAGACGAGGCUCAGAGAGAUCGGGCUGGAACACGAGGAGCAGAAGCUGGAGAUCAAGCGUCAGGUGACAGAGCUGACCCUGUCACUGCAGGAGCGUGAAUCCCAGAUCAGUAACCUGCAGGCAGCCCGCCACGCUCUGGAGAACCAGCUGCAACAGGCCAAGACCGAGCUGGAGGAAACCACCGCAGAGGCCGAGGAGGAGAUCACCGUCCUCAGAGCACACAGAGAUGAGAUUCAGCGCAAGUUUGAUGCUUUGAGAGACAGCUGUGCGGUGAUCACAGACCUGGAGGAGCAGUUGACCACACUGACCCAGGAGAACGCUGAGCUGAACCGCCAGAACUUCUACCUGUCCAAGCAGCUGGAUGAGGCUUCAGAUGAACGAGAGGACCGACUGCAGCUCAGCCAGGAUGUGGACCAGCUGCGUCGGGAGGUCGCCGACCGUGAAAUGCACCUUAACAACCAGAAACAGAACCUUGAGACACUGAAGACCACAUGCACCAUGUUGGAGGAGCAGGUUAUGGAGCUGGAGACGCUGAAUGAUGAGCUGAUGGAGAAGGAGAGGCAGUGGGACGCCUGGAGGUCAACACUGGAGGAUGAGAAGAACCAGGCUGAGAGGAGGACCAGGGAGAUCCAGAGACUGCUGGACACCGAGAAACAGAACAGGCUUCGUGCAGAACAGCGCAGCUCUGAGUCUCGUCAGGCUGUGGAACAGGCCGUGAAGGAGCACAAAGCUGAGAUCCUGGCCCUGCAGCAGGCCCUCAAAGACCAGAAACUCAAAGCAGAGAGCCUCGCCGACACUCUGAAUGAUCUUGAGAAGAAACACGCCAUGUUGGAAAUGAACGCCCGCAGUUUGCAGCAGAAGUUGGAGAGUGAACGGGAUCUGAAACAGAGGCUUCUGGAGGAGCAAGAGAAGCUGCAGCAGCAGAUGGAUGCUCAGAAGACACACAUCUUCCGUCUGACCCAGGGGCUGCAGGACGCUCUGGACCAGACUGACCUGCUGAAAACAGAGAGGACUGACCUGGAAUACCAGCUGGAGAACAUCCAGCUCCACCUGCAGGCUGUGUACUCCCAUGAGAAGGUGAAAAUGGAGGGGACCAUCACCCAGCAGACCAAGCUCAUAGACUUCCUGCAGGCCCAGGCCCAUGGCGGCUCCAAGAAGAAAAAGGGUCUGUUCGGGCGACGUCGGGAGGAUCUGUUGGCCGCCAUGGCUGCUCAGGCCCAGGCUCAGGGCCAGGGGCAGGGCCAGGUGUCCCCCGUCCCACCCAUCCAGCCGGUGCCCCUGCAGUACAGCGACAUGAAAGCAGCUCUGGACAAAGAACGCACUCGCUGCUCUGAGCUUGAAGACGCUCUGCAGAAAAUGAGAGCGGAGCUUCGAUCUCUGAGAGAGGAAGCUCUGCAGUAUAAGGAUCAUGGAAACUCUGCAAAUCCGCCAUCAGCUCGGCAGCAGAUGAUCAUGUCGGCCAUGGUGAAAUCUCCUGAACACCAGCAGGGCCCGACCAACCUGACAACCUCCAACUCUGGACGCAGGAAGGACGCUGCAACACCAGAGGAGAGAAGGAGGGUCACUUUUGAAAAGUAUAGCCGCCGUCUGAAGGACAGUCAGAGAGACAGGGACAGGGAGAGGGACAGGGUCCACCACAACACUGCUCACCGCUUCACAGUGGGACUCAACAUGAGAGCAGCCAAGUGCACCGUGUGCCUGGACACCGUGCACUUUGGGCGCCAAGCUGCCACCUGCCUUGAAUGUCACGCUUUGUGCCACCCAAAAUGCUCCCCAUGCCUUCCAGCCACCUGUGGCAUGUCCAGCGACUGCUCCCUGCAUCUGUCUGAGGGUCUGUGUCGAGACAAAGGCAGCUCCCCUGGCCAGCAGCUCAAAGAGGCUGGAGGACACAUGCACCUGGAGGGCUGGAUGAAACAGCCCAGGAAUGGGAAGCGAGGCCAGGGCUGGGAGAGGAAGUAUGUGAUCCUGGAUGGAACUAAAGUGUCCCUCUAUGAGAUCGAGCCCAGAGAAGACUCAGUAAAACCUCUGGAGGAGUUUGACCUUUGUCUGUCGGAUGGAGAAGUGGUGGUUCAUGGAGCAGUUGGAGCGUCUGAGCUUCCAAACACCGCCAAGUCAGAUGUUCCUUACGUGCUGAAGCUGGAGUCCCGCUGUCACACCCCCUGUUGGCCCGGACAGGCCAUCUACUUCAUGGCUCCCAGUUUCCCAGACAAACAGCGCUGGGUGGCUGUCAUGGAGUCGGUGGUGGCCUCGGGUCGAGCCUCUCGGGAAAAAGCCGAGGCCGACGCAGCUGCUGUGUCCAAAAGACAAAUGGUUCUGUCUCCUCUGGUCCAGAAGCUGCUUGGAAACUCUCUCCUGAAGCUGGAGGGAGACGAUCGGCUGGACAUUAACUGCACACUUCCCCUCACAGAUCAGAUAGUUCUGGUGGGCUCAGAAGAGGGUCUGUACGCCCUGAAUGUCAUCAAGAACUCCCUGACUCACAUCCCUGGACUGGGAUCAGUCUUUCAGAUUCACAUCAUCAAAGAACAGGAGAAGCUUCUGAUGAUUGUUGGGGAUGAGAGGGCGCUAUGUCUGGUGGAGAUUAAGAGAGUAAAGCAGUCUCUGGCUCAGUCCCACCUGCCCAGUCAGUCUGAACUGGCUCCUUACAUCUUUGAGACGGUGAAGGGCUGCCAUCUGUUUGCUGCUGGGAGAAUAGACAAUGGACCUUGUAUAUGUGCUGCGAUGCCCAACAAAAUAACCAUUCUGCGCUACAAUGACAAUCUCAACAAAUACUGCAUCCGUAAGGAGAUUGAAACUCUGGAGCCCUGCAGCUGCAUCCAUUUGACGAGCUACAGCAUCAUCAUCGGCACCAACAAGUUUUAUGAGAUUGAAAUGAAGCAGUUUGUGCUUGAGGAGUUUUUGGAUAAGAAUGAUGUGUCGCUGGCCUCGGCAGUGUUCGCUGCAUCGUCUCACAGCUUCCCUAUCGCCAUCAUGCAGGUGGCCAGCAGCAUGCAAAAGGAGGAGUACCUGCUGUGUUUCCAUGAGUUUGGAGUGUUUGUGGACACAUAUGGACGAAGGAGCCGCACUGAUGAAAUCAAGUGGAGUCGUCUGCCUUUGUCCUUUGCUUACAGAGAGCCUUACCUGUUCGUCACCUACUUCAACUCUCUGGACGUCAUCGAGGUGCAGGGUCACGCCGCUCUGGGUCCUGCAGUGUUGGCUCACCUGGACAUCCCAAACCCUCGCUACCUGGGCCCGGCCAUCUCCUCCGGCGCCAUCUACCUGGCUUCGUCCUACCAGAACAAACUGAGGGUCAUCUGCUGUAAGGGCAGCCUGAUCCGAGAGUCCGGAGAACUGCAGAGAACCGGGUCCAGCCGAGGGAGCCCCAGUAAGCGAGGCCCCCCCACCUACACAGAGCACAUCUCCAAGCGUUUGGCCUCGGGCCCCGGCAGCCACGACGGUCUGCAUCGAGAGCCCAGCACCCCCCACCGCUACAGGGAGGGACGCACCGAGUUCAGACGGGACAAGUCCCCGGCCCGGCCCCUGGACCGGGAGAAGUCCCCGGGCCGGGUCCUGGACAGCCGCAGGGAGAGGUCCCCCGGGAGGUUUGGGGACAGCACCCGGCUCCACGCUGGGUCUGUUCGGACACAACUGGCCCCUGUUAACAAGGUGUGGGAUCAGUCGUCGGUGUGAGUCCGGUCCUGCUCGGCUCCUGACUGGAGCCUGAAGACAAACCACAGGAAACCUUUGAUCCACUGAGUGCAAGCACACACUGACACACUCUCAGACCCACUCACGGUACACUCUGACUGUCACCCCAUUGCCUGUACAUAGUGCAGCCUCUGCUCCUCAUUCCACCCUUAAACCUGCACAGGGAGACGUCUCCUGCGACAAUCCUCUCUUUUCCAAUACGUGCUUUGUGGGCAGCGACCCCACGGUAGAUCUGGUGGCAGGGAACCUACGGUGAUCUACGGAUCCAGAGAAUCUUUAUAAUAUAUAAUCAAAGUUGUACAUAUCGCUGUCUGAGUUUUUAUAGACAAAGGGAUAUAAGUCGGCUGGAGAAGCCAUGUCUAUUUUUUUUAAAAAUGAGUUUCUAAAGAUGUUGCAGGGAGAUUAAUGAUGUCGUUGGUGAAGAAAUCCAAUAUCAACAUUUCAUUAGAAUCUGAAAUAUCACUAGAUGAGGGUUUUAUUCUCUGCUCAGAGAAUCAAACACGUGUUUAAUUACUCACAUUGAUCACGAUGAUGAGAAAGGAGGCAACACUUUGCACAUGAGAUUGGAUUUGAACAGGAGUUAAAAUCUCGUUCUUGUUACAUGACCAGUCUUCUUUCUUUGGAUCAAAUGUAUGGUCCUCUUCUAAAUAGCCUUUAAUAUAUAAUUGCAUAUGAUUGCUUUAUUGACACUUGUCGUCUGGCCAUACUUUGUUAAACUUAAAAACUUAAAGCAAUGUUUUGCUCCAAGUGUUCCUUGUGUUGUUUUAGCAAACCUAAGAUAAAGAACCACGCAGCUCCGCCUGUGGUGACGGACAUCGUGCGGUCGGGCUGCAGCCGCGGCCUCAGCUUGCUCUUAGUCUGCUGCUGCUGAUUAUGGUCCAGGUGUCCUGUUUCUGUGCAGUGAUAUGAAGUCUAGUUAUCGUCAGGGGUCGUCACUUUCUAGUAUUGUUUCUUUAGAGCUGCUAAGACCACCUCCAUUCAUCACAUCAGUGAGCAUGACUAACUUAGAGCAGCACUCGUCGCUUUUCGAUCUUGAUUCUUUCUCUUGGUUGUAAUUUUUCUGUCAUGUAUUCACUUGAAUUUGCAUUCAGUAGGUAGACAUUGAUGUUAGACAGUAACUUAAGAUUUUCUUGAUUUUUAGAGAUGUAUAUCAGUACAUGCAUUAAACAUGAUUAAAGCCA